GCUGUUAUGUGCGCAGUGAACUGUGUUCAGUUUUCAAAGCAACUGUCAUACACAAUUGUUGGUAUUUAGAAAUGGGUUUUAUAAUGAAGAAACUACUGGAUUUGCGAACGACAUUCAUCUUUACUCUAGCAUGUCUACUUACUAUGACUACUGCAGACCACGCGAACUGUCAAAGACUUCAGGCUAGUUCUUUCAGGAAGGCGUAUUGUUACCAGGAAAGCGUCUACCUGGCCUGUUCAGAGCUCUGUACAGGUUCCCUACUGUUGCCGGGGAAGUAUGUCGAUGCUGACUGUCCAUGGGGAAACAACGCCAACGUACUCGGCAACGCACUGGACAGUUUUUGUCUCCAGAGCAUCACUCCCCCAAAAUGUAGCGAAAUCUGCACGGACCCUCAAACCACGGCUUCCAGAGCGCUUGGUUGGAAAUGCUGCAAAGCCUGCGUUGACGUCUGCAAUGACGCCCCGUCACGUGAUUCGAAUUUUGAGGAUAGAUAUCCGGCUGUAUAUCCUUAAUUUUCUACCUCGUCAUUGAAAAAUAUUAAUAAAUUCGUUGUAUUAUAUUGACUUACAAAAAUCUUUGCUCGAACUUUAUUCUUAAUAGAAAUUGUUGCAUACAUAAAUAAUAGCUAUUAUGUAUAAACUCUUUUGUACAGAACUAUAUACUUAUCUAAAUAAACUAGUAAUACAAAGGAA